UUCACCUUACCCGCCGCCACGUCCUGAGCCGCACAUCUAUGCCGCCGCCGCCGACGGCCUGGCUCCUCCUCCACCCAUGCGCCCCCUCCCAAUCUCCAUAGCCUCCAACAACCAACUCCAUCUCCUGCCUCCUGCAACUAGUCCUGCCAGUGCGCCGCGUCCGCCGCCAGUGAAUGCCGUCCGCAAGGACUGCCCCUGGCCCCUUUGCUCCGGCGCUCCUCGGUCGUCCCCGGCCCUUUGCCUGGUCGCUAGGGACGUGCUGCUCCACGCCUGCUCCUGCCGGUGGCCGCCGCCUGCCGCGCCGGCUCUGGCGCUUUGCUCCUGCCAAUCCCGGGCUGCUCGCCUGCUCGGCCGGACUCUGCCGCCCAGGACAGGACUUGCUGUCAACAAAUAGCAAGCAGGCUGGGACAGGGAAAAAGAAGAGGAAGAUAUAUUUCAUUGCAAGUUUCAACACCCAGUGUUUCAGUUGGACUGAAUCAACUCCACAAAUUGGAACAACCAUAGAUUGGACCACCGCCUUUGGCUUCAAACAACCCGCCUUCAAUCUCAACUCGAGAAAAGAGACAUACCAUUUGUCCAGAAGUAUCAAGCAUUGGAUGUAAAGUGGACAACCUAUUCGGUACUGAAACAAUAUAUGUAGCAUGUAUGAAGCUGAAUCAUGCUUAUAACACUGAAGAGCACAGUAACUUCCAUAAUGCAAGUAAGUAGCUGCAAUCUUCCAUGAUUUUUUAUAAAUAAAUCAGCAACAUGCCACUCACCUAAGUUGUCUUUUCAGCGUAUCCUACCAUGCGCCAAUGAGGCAAGUGGUAGUGUAUCCUAAAAAAUCCCCUUUUCCUGAAGGUGUAAACACAUGCAGCAACUGAUCGUGUGCAUUAGAAUGCACUGUUUGAUAAUUACUCUCUUAGGCCCUGCUUGCUAACUUUGUAAAAAUAUGCGACCGGCUACCCUUCAACAAUUGCAAGUCACUUGGGGACUGUUUGGUUUCCAGCCAAAUGUUGCCAGACCUAUGGUUAGGCACACAUAAUUUCUGAGGUGAGUGAGUGUUCGGUUGGCUGACACAGUUGUGGCUUGCGACUUUACUAGUCACAUGAUUAAGGAGUAUAUUUUGGCCACACUUUUGUGGCAAGCCACACUCUGUCCUGAGGGGUAACAAUUACUACUUUUGGCUUAGUUGUGGCAAAGUAAGCUUUUAACCAAACUAGGGUGUUAAAUUGGUCUUAAGUUUCAAUCUAGUAUUGUAGAUCAUCACAUAUGUUCUCUGUUUCUUGUUCAAUGAUGUCUUAUCUGACUUGUUAAUCAGUCCAACUUAAUAUCCCUUUUCCUGUUAUCCUUAGAACAAAUAGAUAUGACGUGUAUGCAGUGCAGCCCACUAAUUAUUUAGAUUGCAUUGCAAACGCCCUUUUAUACAUGCUUUUCAUUUUUCAUUCAGGUGGCUGCACAUAUCCUCCAGGUUUCUGUAAUUGGGAAGGAGUGUAUUUCCAGUAUGGUGAUAACUGUAUAUAUAAUAAUACUGACUGUGAUCAUUGGCCUUUUUACCUUCUGUUGUACCUUGAUUUUUGUAUAUGGUGCUUACCUGAGAUGCACAAGAUCAUCAAUAACAUGAUGAUAUAAAGCAGGGAAAUUAACACAGUUGUUUUUUAAAGCACCCUAUUAUAUGGUUUUUAUGCUCAGUUUGGAUACUUAGAUAGUCCAACAAUCUUAGUAGUUUUGCAGAAGGAAAGAAGUCCCUACAGCAAUUAGAAAGAGUAAAUAUUUCUAGAUAAUUGAAGGCCCUGCAUAUAUAAUAUCAAUCAUGUGUCCUAUUUUAUAUUUUUGUUUUUUCAUGUGGUGUGUGUUUCCUUUCGAUGUAGCCAGAGUUGGGAUUAGGGGGAGAAAGAUGGCAGCAUAUGUGCAAUUGUAUUGAACUGAGUGGCGUCUUUGCAUACUAGUUAAACCUACAAUGGCACAUUUCUUUUGAUGUUUUUCAAUUCAAGGUUGAUGAAAUAUUUUAGGAUCCAAUCAUUGAAUUAAAAUAUCUAUGUAUUCCAUGCUUUUCUUGCAAAAAGAUUUAAAUCAGCUUUCAUCUCUUAAAUAACACAUGUGAAGUUAUACACUGACAUAUGUGUUUUUUUGUUUAAUUACUUCGGCAUAUCAAAGGGCGAUGGAUCGAGGUUGGAUGAGUCAACCAAGAGCUAGUGCUGCUUACAAAGAUGGUGUCGAACAAUUUCUGUCUUUUGCAUUCCAUGAUGUUCCAGCUGGUGAUAGAAUUCUCUGUCCUUGUGUAAAUUGCCGAAAUAAAGCUAUGCAGAGUUAUGAUGGAGUGAAAACUCACUUGAGAUGUGAUGGUAUUCUUCAAGGUUACACUAAGUGGGUUUGCCAUGGAGAGGAUUACAGUGAACCAUCAUUUGCAUUUGCUCAUGUAUCAGAUAACAGUGGCAAUUUUUCUAUUCCUGGCAUCCCAAGGAAUGUUGUUGGAGAAGGCAACCAUGGAAGGAUGGAUGACAUGCUAGGACUCUUAAGUGCUGUCUUUGCUAUGGCUAACAGUUGUGAAUCUUUAUCAAGCACAUCUGAUGGUGAAUUAGAUGCGUUGAAUUUGAGAAUAUGGUACCUAAUUCAGUUGAGGAUGAGAAUGCAGAUGCUCAAACAAGGAAGAAACCUAAUACGUAUGCAAGCUUCUUGGAGGAUGCAAACACAGAGUUAUACCCUGGAUGUAAAGCAUUUUCUAAGUUGUCAUUUCUCAUCACCUUGUAUCACAUGAAAUGCUUACAUGGAUGGUCACAAGAAUCAUUUA